AUGGAAGACCAAAGAGACGUCACUCCUGCACUGGACUCCUCCCUCCACACACCUGCCACACUGGACUCCUCCCUCCACACACCUGCCACACUGGACUCCUCCCUCCACACACCUGCCACACUGGACUCCUCCCUCACACACCUGCCACACUGGACUCCUCCCUCACACACCUGCCACACUGGACUCCUCCCUCACACUCCUGCCACACUGGACUCCUCCCUCCACACUCCUGCCACACUGGACUCCUCCCUCACACACCUGCCACACUGGACUCCUCCCUCACACUCCUGCCACACUGGACUCCUCCCUCCACACACCUGCCACACUGGACUCCUCCCUCACACACCUGCCACACUGGACUCCUCCCUCACACUCCUGCCACACUGGACUCCUCCCUCCACACUCCUGCCACACUGGACUCCUCCCUCCACACACCUGCCACACUGGACUCCUCCCUCACACACCUGCCACACUGGACUCCUCCCUCACACUCCUGCCACACUGGACUCCUCCCUCCACACUCCUGCCACACUGGACUCCUCCCUCCACACACCUGCCACACUGGACUCCUCCCUCCACACACCUGCCACACUGGACUCCUCCCUCACACUCCUGCACCUGAGCUCAACAGCAAUCAGCCUCAGCUGCUCAAGAACACACCUGAGCUUAUCACUUCAUGGCUGCAUUUAA